UACGUAGGCGGGGACUUUCGGCUCCGGGCGCGCGAGUGGGCGGGAGAGAGGCGCGGGAACCUUCCGCGUUAGCGCCCUCAAUUGGGGGUUAACGGAGGAGCCGAUGACGUCCCGGGACAGGCAGGAAACCUAGAGAGGUACCCCCAGCGCACACAAUCUUGCAAGUGGAUACUUAGGACUUCCUGGAGCAGGCGCCGAGCAGGUUUGCCUACCCUGGCGGCCAGGAUCGUGCCCCAGCUCAGAGGCCAGGCCAUGGAGGCUGUGUUCCUGACAGCCCUGUGGAAGGAGGAGUUGUCCUUUGAGGAUGUGGCUGUGAACUUCACCAGAGAAGAGUGGAACAAACUUGACUGGACUCAGAGAGACCUCUACAGAGAUGUGAUGCUGGAGAAUUACAGAAACAUGAUCUUGCUGGGAUUUCAGUUUCCCAAACCUGAGGUGAUCUGUCAGCUGGAACAGUGGGAAGACCCAUGGAUCCUGGAUCUGCCAAGAGCUGGUACUAGGAAGGCUUCCAGUAAUGCUUGCCCAGGUUCUGAAGCCAGAUACCAGAUGAUAAAGUUAACUCCAAAGCAUAACAUUUCUGAAGAUUUAGAGUCCUGUAACGUAUCGGUGGUAGGGCAGAAGAUGGUCAAGAGACCUUCAGAAAAAUUACUUAAAUGGAACAAAUUUGUGGACAUUUAUAGAGUUAGACUCCCUACUGUUGGUGAUGAAUGCAACCAGGACUUCGUUCAAAACCGUAACCCUUUUCAGGAUCAGCAUGCUCAAAUAAGGAGGAAGCAGGGCAAAUGUGAGGGAUAUGGAAAAGCCUUCCAUCAGAGAUCAUCGCUUUUGAGGCAUAAGCAAAUUCCUACAAACGCAAAAUCUAAUGAAUGCAGUGAAUGUGGAAGAGUCUUCAAGCGUCGGGCAAAUUUUGUUCGACAUCAAAGAAUUCACACUUCAGAGGACCCCUUUGAGUGUGACAUAUGUGGGCAAGCCUUCAGACGGAAGUCAGCUCUUAGUGUCCAUAAGCAGUGUCACCCUCAAGAAAAGCCAUAUAAAUGUCAUGAAUGUGGAAAAUUUUUCCGGCAGAUGGCAUAUCUUGUUGAGCAUAAGAGGAUCCAUACCAAAGAAAAACCCUAUAAAUGCAGUGAAUGUGAAAGAAAGUUUAGUCAGAAUUCAACCCUUAUUCGACAUCAGGUAAUCCAUAGUGGAGAAAAACCCCAUAAAUGCCUUGAAUGUGGAAAAGCCUUUGUUCGGAAUUCAACCCUUAAGAGCCAUCAACAAAUUCACAGUAAACAGAACACUUACACAUGCAGUGAAUGUGGAGAAUCCUUUGGUCGGAAUAUAGAUCUCAUUCAGCAUCGAAGAACACAUACCAAGGGAAAAUUAUUUGAAUGUAGAGAAUGUGGAAAAACUUUUAGUUUUAAGUCAAAUCUUCGUCGACAUGAAGUCAUUCACAAUGGAGAGAGACCCUACAGAUGUGACAAGUGCGGGAAAUCUUUCAGUUGGCGCACAAGCUUUAUUAAGCAUCAGGGUACUCACAGAGAGCGGAGAGCUACGUGAUGCUACCCAGAAAAGCUGCCAUUUAAAGACCAGAACGUACCACUAUUGCAAUUGAAUUUCUGGGACACAAAGGAGGCAGGGAUGACACUGGUCUGGUAGGCUUGUUGAACCAACUUGUUUCGGGAGAAAGGAGCCCCCACCUCACGAGUGCGAGUGCAGGGAAGGCUUCCUGCCUUUCCCAGAAGCGAGACAGGUGCCAGGCCAAGAGCACAGAUUAGCGGUGUCAUGUUUGUUAACAGCGGAAGGCAAGAGCUCCAAACUAGUCCUCCAGAGAAGCUCCAGUCAGGUCUUCUGUGACUUUGGUAGCAAAAAUCUAGGUUUACCAUUUUGUCGGACACUGCUUGGUACUAUGGGAGAAAACACGUAAUUAAUAUGAUUCCUUACUGUUAUGGAGCUAAUUAAGGUAAGUGAGGUUGUCAGUGUGGGCCUUUCAUUGAUAGGACUGGCGUCCUUGUAAGAGGAACAGACACCAGAGUUCUCUUUCUGCCCACCACACAGGAAAAGCCAUGUGAGGACACAGUGAGAAGGCAGCUGUCUACAAGACGGGAAGAUGCAUCAAGACACCAACCUUUGACGGCACCCUGAUCUUGGACUUCCAGCCUCCAGAACUGUGAGAAAAUAAAUUUAUGCUAUU